CUGCUGUACUUAUGGCUUUGUGCAUUAAUAUUAGGCAUGGAUCCAUGUUCUUCGUAUAUUGAACUGUCGGACGCUGACCGAGAACUGAGGUUCACUAAGGAAACUGGGAAGAGCGACAGGGACGAUUUAGAGGCCGGAGUCUGGUACCGAAUCACUGGCAAAGCAGGAUACAAAAUGGCAAACAGGUACCCGCAGAAUUGGAGACAUCACUGUUUACAAAUAUUGUUUUAGUUAUGCAAUUCGUCAAGAGUGAAACAACAGAAUCUUUUGUUUCAAGAACCAAUGCGCUUCUCAUUGUUGGGUCUUUAAUAUCGACAGGUGACAUCAGCGUGAGUAUCGCUACGGCUUUCCUUUCACCAGGCGGGAACUUAUUAGGCCACAUAGGUUCCGCACGUCUGAGAAUGUUCUUGGUCAUAAACCUGAAAAGUGUACAAGCCUACUGUGUGCAGAAAUGCCAGAGCGGGUGGCCAUGUUCCUCUUAAUCUUCCGAACAAGACCAACGCAAAGGCAUUGCGACAUGUCUGAAUAUAUUGUUUCGUUUAAUAAUAAUAAUAAUUUCCAAUCAAAGAUUUGCCAAAAAAAACUCUUUCUUGUUUGGAAAACGUUAUUGCCUUGCUAGAUUACUUGCUACAUUAUGCAUUUAAUCGAUUAUAAAUUCUGUUAUAUUGUUAUCACGCGCUAAAGAAUCCAUUUUUUGCAUUUUUCGCUUCUUUCGCGUGAUCAAAAAUACAUACCACCCGCGAGAACAAAACCAUGCCUAUCUUUCAAAUUCUUCUUCACACAGGCUAAAGAGGAAAGAGAAAGAAUGUCCAACGGGAAUACAUUGUGGCACCAGCGUUCCUGGCUUUAUGAUAGGCCGUCAUCCUCAAAUAAAAGGAAAGGUCCGUACAAGAAAAGUGUGUUUUUCGAAAGGUGGUAACUGCUGUGCUUACAAAGUUACCAUCAAAGUGAAGAGAUGCCCGGAUAGAGUCCUUGUCUAUCAGCUGCCAAAGGCCCCUAUUGGAAAUUCUCGCUAUUGCAGUUUUGCAAGUACGUGAGUGGGUAUAAAUUAUAAGAAUUAAAGCAAACAUAAUUUAAGACUUAGUUCUAACUUGAUCAUUUUUUGGUCUGUUAGACAAUUGAGGCCUUGUAACUUUAUCCUGACCCUUCGGCGUACGGGGUAGGGUGGGGAUAGCCAUUGCCUCCGAGGUUCUUCUUUUUUUACAAAACAGUUUUUCUUGCCUGAACCUCUUUUUCAUUUCCUUUACUUCCGAAAGACAUGGUGGAUUUCCACUUGGAUUCCGAAUUCCUUGUGCUGUAUUCCUGAUUCCAAUGUCCAAGAUUCCGGAUUCCGGAAUCGGUAUUCUCUUACAUAGGUCGAUUGAAAAGAAAACAACAUCAACAAGAACAACAACAAAGAAAUAACUUACUUGCCCUUCCUUAAGUAGUCACCUCAUUUAGAUUCAUGCAAACGCCACGAACAAACUCGUAAAGACGUUCAAUCCAUAAAACCUCCUCACUCGACGCAAAAACGCUUUAAGCAAAGCUUGCCUUCUGAUCGCAAAUUAAGGGGUACAACUAGAAUAGAAAAAUUAUGACUUUCAAAAGUUUCUGUUCAAUGACACUUAUGUUGAAAAAAAAGGCAGUUUGAGGGGAGUUUUAGAAUCGCGUUUACGGCAGACGUCACAUUCAAGUAGACAAUUUCUCAAAUUAGGAGAUAAACGGAUAACGUUGUGACGUGGCACAAAUUGAAGUUUGCUGUUUGGCUAGCCUGCGCUUGGAAGCAACGGGCGCCCCCCGUUCUUUUUCGCAUAUUACGCGCCUGCUACGCAGGUUACCGUUCGGGGUAAACACGAUUUGAAAUCUCUCUUUUUUUCAGGGAAACAAAAACCUAACAAGCCGCCGAGUACAACCCCACUCCCCACUACCACCAAACCACCAGUAGGGACGGGAGAAGACAAAAAUCACCCUGGCAAGUCGUGUAAAGUAAUCAAACAAGAAAACCCACAGGGUGGGUCAGGGUUGUAUUGGAUAAACCCAGAUGGAGGCUAUGCUUUCCAGGCCUACUGCGACCAAGAAACAGACGGUGGAGGCUGGACGCUAGUUUACAGUUACAGAUUCACGAAUUAUCAGUAAGUUGUUUGGUCAGUAACGGAAACAGAAAGUACAAGGUUCGAGGUUCUUUUUAACUAUUUGCGCUAAAUCUAAAACAUAAUGGAGGUCCAGUUGGAAGUUCACAAUGAGAAUAAACGUUUAUAAAGAAUGAGGCCAAUGUUUUAUAGGUAAAUUUUAUCACUACAUAACCAGGUAAUAUCUUCUUUCUCUAUAAUUGAAUGCAGGAAUUUUCAUUCUGGAAGUAACGCAGUAACGCCACGACCUUCAUGGCCUGCAAAUGGAGACAUCCCGGAAUCGAGAACCACGCCCUUGAGUGAGACUAUAUGGGGUGCUAUGGACUUCAGUUUGUGGCAGCAAAUUGGUCAUGAAUUCAUGGCCAAGUCUAACAUCAACCAUUGGAUUGUUUGCGCUGAGGGUAGUGGAAGCUUGGUGGAGUACAGAGCGGGGACCCUUAGUUGCCGCGUUGUAAAAAACAUCGCCUCUGUCUGUCACAACACAGCACCCGAUGAAAUUCGGGUGCUGACCAAAGAGUCUGCGCAAAAUUUCGGUCCACAUCUUUACAACUCGAAGAGUCCAACCUGGUUGAAGACCUACUAUUACUGGGAGAGCCCCACACAGAGCCCUAACUGGCCCACACAUGACCCAUGCGGACGCAAUGGUUUGUCUCAUGUCAAAAACGUAGCGAACCCGCAUGGUAAUAUUUUCAUUCGUUAA